AGAAAGGCUGCCGAUCAGUGGUGAAGUUGUAGUAUGUGUAGAACUGCAGCAAAACCCGGAAGUUGGAGGCUGUUGUAGAGCACGAUUUAUCGAACUUCGAAGCUAGCUAAUUCCUUUCUUAUUGAUUUUAACACGACUUUGAGUAUGUAAAGUGGCAUGAUGCGAGUAUCAAACAAGAUGGUAAGAAAAUCCGUCAGCUUGUUUGUAGCCGAUUUGGUGGCUUCACAUGGCAAGAUGGCUAACUAGCUAGCUAUGCUAUCUGCCUAGCUCUGGCCCAGUGCAGUUGUCACUAGUUACCAACGCCUCAGUCAAAAUGGGAUAUUUCGUAAAAAAUGCAUGAAAACAAGAAUGUGCUAUUUGGGCUUAAUUUAAGGUAAGGGUUAGUCAUAAGGUUAGCAGUUUGGUUAAGGUUAGGUUUAAAAUCAGAUUUUUAAGAGGAGGAAUUGUAGAAAUGGGCGGGGUUUCGCCAUAAUUAUGACUUUGUGGCCUUCAACUCCUUUUCCAUUCAUGCCUCCAUAGUAUUUUUUCACGCUUUUGUUUAGUGACAGGUUUCCACAUACUUUUGUUACUCACCAAAGUAAAAAUGUUGCUGAGGAACUUUGAUCUGAAUGCCGCCAAAGUAGACUAUCUAGCUUUUGUCCUUGCGCAUGCGUAGGAUGCGCAAGCAUCUCGUAUACGCAUUGACCACACCACCGCUAGACUGGCGGUAAACAAAUUGUUCAAAAGUUUAGGUCGUAUUUUAGAGAAACGAUAGUUUGCACAUACAUAGAAAAGUUCAUCAUCACUACAAAAAAAUACUAUAUGGAGGGAUAAACGGAAAUAUGCAGGGCGUUAAAGAAGGCUUUAGCUGCAUGUAACGCCCUGGAUCAGAGCUACUACUAGCUAGCUGCUUAACUUGUGAAAUAUCUGAUGGUCGUCAGCAAACUUACGUUGGUAGCCAGUGAGGUUGCCCCUUUACAGAUCUUUAGUUCAGUUUUCAGCCUCUGAAAAUAUCAAACACAUUAUAGACUAGGCUACAUUCUGUCACCAUGAAGGAUGAGAUGACACUAAGCAAACAACUUCUCUGGCAAGUGUGGAUGCCACGUUGACAUGACCUACCUUAUUUGUGUUACCAGAUAUUCAAUAUUUCUGUCUUUAAGUAAAGGUUAUAUCCUCUCUUUCUCCACAGCCUUUGAUUAAUCCUCCUAGGACUACAAGACAGGAGUAAAUCGACCUCCCCCAUCCCUUCUCUAACAGUCUCACUUGGACAAACUCACCAUGUUGGUGACAGCCUACCUGGCCAUCGUGGUCCUACUGGCGCUAUGUGUCGGUCUGGAGCUCACGGCACGUCGCCUCACCCCACCUCAACCCACCCCCUCUGCCGUGGGCACCAACCCUGCCUUCCGUCGCUUCCAGACCCUGUUCCUAAGAGGCUACCUCCUAGCCCUGUGGGCUGACUGGCUGCAGGGGCCAUACCUCUACAAGCUGUACCGUCACUACAGCUUCCUGGAGUCCCAGAUAGCCAUCCUGUAUGUCGUUGGCCUGGCCUCCUGUGUGCUGUUUGCCCCCGUGGCCGGCUGGCUCCCUCAGGUAACAAUAACGAAGACCACAAAGUAAAUACGUUGUUAGACUUAGUUUUUUAAAAUCUCAAUAAUUGUUUUAUGUAUUGUUGUAUGUAUGGCUGAGGCAACUAUGUUUUUUAUUUCAUUUGUCAAAUGCAUUCAUUCAGGUCCUGGGGCGCAGACAGACCUGCCUGCUCUUCUGCGUGGCCUACUCAGCCUGUUGCCUCACCAAGCUAUCCCGGGACUACUUUGUCCUUAUCGUGGGUCGCAUGCUAGGGGGCCUGUCCACCUCUCUGCUCUCCACAGCCUUCGAGGCCUGGUACGUUCAUCGACAUGUGAACGCCCACGACUUCCCUAAAGAAUGGAUCCCCAGCACCUUCACCAAGGCUGCUAGCUGGAAUCACGGGCUGGCAGUGGGGGCCGGGCUGGUGGCUAACAUGCUGGCUGAGUGGCUCCACCUGGGGCCUGUGGCUCCCUUCCUCCUGGCCGUGCCCUGCCUGGGGGCCUGUGGCUGGGUGGUGCUGACUGACUGGGGCCUGGAGGAGGAGGAGGGAGGCCUGGAGGGGGACAACAAGACAUCCUUGCUGGGUCCUUCUGCUUCAGUGCCUCUGGCCCGGGCAUCUGCACGGGCCCGGUUCUGGCGCAGCUGUCAGGAAGGUCUCCGCUGUCUGUUAUCAGACAGACGUGUGAUGCUACUAGGAGGUGUCCAGGCUCUGUUUGAGAGUGUACUUUAUAUAUUUGUCUUCCUGUGGACCCCCGUCCUGGAACCCCACGGCCCUCCGCUGGGCAUCGUCUUCUCCUGCCUGAUGGCAGCCAGUAUGGCGGGGUCCCUGCUCUACCGUAUGGCCACCUCUACCCGUUACCGCCUCCAGCCUGGUCACCUCCUCUGCUUCUCCAUGCUGCUCGCUUUUUUCUCCUUCUUCAUGCUAAUCUUCUCCACCGCCCCGGGCCAGCCUAGACCGCGCGAGUCCCUGCUGGCCUUCCUGCUGCUGGAGCUGGCUAGUGGCCUCUACUUCCCCGCUGUCAGCUUCCUCCAGGGGAGGGUGAUCCCAGAGGAGAAGAGGGCUGGGGUGCUGGCCUGGUUCAGGCUGCCUCUGCACCUUCUGGCCUGCCUGGGGCUCCUGGCUCUCCAUGGAGAGGUGUCUGGGACUGGAGGGGGCGAGGGUGGUAGUGGAACUAGAAACAUGUUUGGGGGCUGUGCUGUUAUGAUGCUAGCUGCACUCUUGGCUGUGGUCAGUCUCUUUACACUGGGAAGGAAUGAUGUGGAUCUCAGACUAGAGGGGCCCAAGGGAGAGGGAGAGAUAUGACAUUCAGAAAACUUUAUUGUCCCAACAUUGGACAAUGACUAGGAAUACAGUUACUGCUUUGUUGACAGAUGAAGACUCAUUUGGGAAAGUUAAAUAAACUUUUGAGGGACUGAAACCUGACAUUUAAUCAACCUAGGAGUUACCAAUAUUAGACAAUUAUUUAAAAUAAUCUGGUGUCAGUAAGGUAUACAUUUUUGGUUACAAGAUUCUGAUAUUUAUUUGUUUUAAUUUUGUUAACUGGCACUAGAAAUUGUUUAGCUAUGUUGUUGGGUAUAUGAAGGAAAAUAGUUGAUUUUGAGUUAUAAUGCUGCAGUCUGCGUCAUCACUUAGCCUUCUUUUGAAGCAUACUCGCACUGACGCACAUGCUGGUGUAUUAAUGUUGUGCCAGUAGGUGGUGCCAGUGUAGCUCCAGGAUGUUCUUCAUAUUCUACCCUGUACAUGUUAGUGUUUUAUCAACUGCGUUGUUCAGGGUGUAACACUCAGCCAUGGCAGAACAGGGCUUACAUCACUAGCACAGCUGCUUGCUUCGACAGAAAUAUCACCCACUCUCAUAUCAUAUAACAAGUACAAAAUAUAAAUUCACUCUUACUGUUUAUGACUAAAGCAACUGUGAAAUCAAUCAAUGGGCAUGUACAGCUACACUUUGGAGUUCUUGCCAUUUGUCAGUAGUGUCCAAAAGGGGGAAAAAAUAUUAGAAAUGGCUUGUUGCGUGGACCAAUAUCAGGGUCAUUCCAUUAUCAAUGCCUGUUUUGGUAUACAAACAGUUGCUAUUUUGACUUUUAUGGGGCUUGCUAGGUACAUUGUAGUAAUUAAACACCAAUGUUGAGGGUGUUUUAGAUUGUGAAUGCAUACUGAAUGUGUCUUGGAGAGGCAUGGAUAUUUGCCUUGGUCCUUUUCUCUUUACGUUCUCCUCCAGAACCUUCAGUAAUAUAGGGCAUAUUGUAAAUAUGGAAUAAAUACGAUUUUAAUACA